UGAGCUCACUAUCAAAACACUUUCAAAAUGAGUUUUCUGAAAGUCCAACUAAGACUUUUUACCUACUAAGUUUUGACGACCUCGUGACCACACGACGAGUUCAAUGCCUGAGUCUUCAACGGAUUUAGCACAAUGAUCGCAUCUUGUGAUGAAUCACAUGUAGAAGGGAACGGUAAAAAGCCUCCAGAAAGUACUAAUGGACCGGUUGGGAAGUUUAAGGGAAUGAAGUGCAGCAUUUCUGUGGGGAGUAACGGCAUCUGUCGGUCGGUCGCGCCUGUGAUCUCACCUGCGUCUACCUGCGCGCGCAUCUCUCUACCUGGAGUGAUGGACGCGGAGGGGCGAGUGGACGAAUCCAGACUCAGGACGCAUAUAUUCAAAAACGGUGGUGUGUCGCCCGAUGAGCGAGGUCAAGUAUGGCGUUUUCUGUUCGGCAUGUACUGCUGCAGCUCUACAGCUCUGGAACGCCCUCUACUGCUGGAGCAGAUGGCGGUGCGCUAUCAGGUCAUGAAGAGGAAAUGGCAACAGCUGCUUCCUGGAGCCGUUCGCCUGCGUCUUAAUGGCACUGACGCUGAGCUGUUGACAGCAGUGAAGUUUUUUGACCAGAGGCAGGACAGAGAGCUGAAUAAACAGCAGAAUCUGUCAGACGAGACACAAGAGAGAUUAUCCUUUCUGCAACUGCAGGCUCAGGUGCUAUUUGAAAGGGUAACUUUUGACCUGGAAGAACUUCAAGAGGCCAUACGCAUCAUUGACAAGGAUGUUCCUCGAACUGACAGAGAUCUUCCAUACUACCGGAAUGAAGGUUUGGGUAAUCUGCUGGUGUUAAGAGAUAUCCUGAUUACAUAUGCUGCUUUUCACCCAGAAGUGAGUUACGCUCAGGGCAUGAAUGACCUAUGCAGUCGCUUUCUGGAGGUUCUGGACUCAGAAGUCGACACUUACUGGAGCUUCUCCUGCUAUAUGGAAAAGUUUUCCAAAGAUUUCCGCGCUGAUGGACUUUACCGUAAAAUGGAAUUGGAAGCUGCUUUACUGAAAGAGCUGGAUCCUCAACUACACUCGCAUCUCGUCACAGACAACAUGGAAAGGCUCACAUUUUGUCACAGGUGGCUUCUGUUGGGUUUCCAGCGUGAGUUUGAGCACAGCGAUGCUCUGCGACUGUUCGAGAUUCUCAGCUGUGAUCAUCUGGAGCUCAUCUCGCAGCAGGUGGACUGCGUUCGCUAUCAGGAGAGACUCGCACGCAAACACAGCCUGGAAGAGGAACCUGUGGCUGAUCUACACGCUGUAAACACAGAUUUCACUUUUGAACUUUUCAUGUGCGCCACCAUACUGCUGGAGAACAGAGAUGCUUUAUUGAGCUGCAAGAAUGAGGUUCAGCUCAUACAGUUUACUAGCAGUCUACAGGGCAAGCUGGACCUGAACGCCACCCUGAAAAAAGCUGAGGAACUGAUGAGGAACUACUGCAAAAGCUCCUCCUGGGACUAUUUGAGCGGCCUCUAUCGCAUGCGCAAAACCAAAGAGGACCACUUCUUCUAUCAUCUCCGUAACCUUUUUUCCUGAGACCAAAUAACCUGUGUGGACUUUUAAUGGAAACGGUCUGAAUGACAUGAACUUGUGACUUUAUGUUCCAGAGGGACUUUAAUUUUAUUUUUUAAAAAGUGCUGCUGCUUUAAACCAGGGUUUUGUACAGGAACAAGCAAAGACUUCUUUAUCAGUGUAAAUAUUUCAGUAGUUCCAGUAUUCCAUCUUUGUUUUUAAAGGGAAAGUUCACCCAAAAAUGAAAAUUCUGCCAUCAUUUAAUCUCUUCCACUACUUUUUUUUUCCCAAACCCAAUUGAGUUUCUAUCGAUUUCCCUAAUUUUGUUGCUACUUCUUUCCCAGCAUUCUUCAGAAUAUAUAUUUUUUAGUUUAAAAGAAGAAAGAAAUUAAUAAAUGUUUAGGACCAUUAGUGUGAGUAAAUAGUUUAUGGGUGAACUAUCCCUUUAAGGCUUCUAUAGUGAUGCCAGAAUUAAUGUGAGAGAAGUUUUAUUGACAUUUUAACCUGUCCGAUGAAAUUAUAUUGACACUGCAAAAAUGCUCUAAUUAUUUUUAGGUUUUGUCUUGUUUAUAGUCCUAAUAUCUAAAAAUAAAAUCAAGAAGCAUUUUCUAGACAAGUAAAAAUGUUUUUAAAAAAAAUUUAAAUAAAAAAAUUAACCAAUAUUUUUGUUUAAAACAAGCACAAUCAAGCGUUUUUGUAGAUUAUUGAGCUAUUUUAAAGGAGAAACUUACUUAAUUUAGACGUUUUUUCUUCUUGAAAGCAAACCAAUAUUUUUAGUUGCCUUGAAAAUGCUUCUAGAUUUCAGAAUUUCUCAUAUUUGGACUAGGAACAAGACAAAACAAAUGUAAAAAAAAAUAUUUUUUGCAUUUGGGAAUUUUACAUUUAUUUGAUACUACUGAAUUCUACAUUAAAAGUAAUAUGUUGAAACAUAGCAUGCACAAUCAAAUGUACUUUAACUCUGAACAGGAUUUUAUAGUGUGGAAAAACACCAUUUCUGCUGAUCCACGCGGUGUGUGAGUAUUAUUCAGUCACUGAAACAUCUGGUGCUUGCGUAUCGGUGAUAUUAGAGCAUUAUAUAAUAACAGAAACGCAGGCCAAGUUCUGAGAAGCUCUAGAAGGCGCUCUGUGGUGUUGUCUUACCAGUCAUACAGCGCUCAAGAUGCACUGAUCAGAAAUAGCACACACUGAACUACGACACCCCUCACUCUGCAUUGCUUUUUAUCAUAUAAGAGGUACGAUAUAUCACAAAAUAUAUACAGUACACAAGGAGAUAUGGAGUAUUGCACCUAAUAUUUGUUGUUAUUUAUUAAGAACUGACAUAUUUGUUUAAGUUGUUUUUGGAGAAAGUGAAUGGACUGACCAACUAUUUUGGGGGGAAAUGGAUACUCAAUACUGUAAUUAUUAUUAUUUUUGUCAUGCUGUUCUCUGAUUUUUGGAUUAUGUUUUGAAGUUUGCACAGAUUGAUUGUGGUAAUUUAUGUAGCAAUAAUGAGACUGCAAUGUUUAACAGACUGAUUUUUUUUCAAUGAGAGAGUGUGUGUGAGAGAGAGAGAGUGAGUGAGAGAUACUAAGAGUGAGUGUUUUAUUUUAAGAUUACUAUGUGACAUUUAAGCUGUUAGUUUCUAGUGAGUCACUUCAUGAAGAAUAGACUCAUGAGUUUUAGCUGUUAAACGUUCUUGUAAAAUAAACUGUGGCCAUUUGAAUAAAUAAAUGAAUAUUUAUUUGUUGUUUUUUUCGAAA